CAGUAUAUUUCUUGUGUGUGUCUAUGUUUUAUACAAUUGUUUCAGCCUUAACUUAGUGUUGCAUUUUUAUUUUAGGAUCCUAAAUUCUAUGUUAGGAGUCAUCCUGAAGAGGCUCCAUCGAUGCAACGGUACACUAAUAUCGAGGUGUUCAAAGAUAUCAAGAGUAAGCUAACUGUUGCACAGUUAGAGAUCUUUUCCAAGACAAUAUUUGGGAAAUUCCUCGGAAUGCAGCACCUGGAGGUUCAAGCACAAAUUUUUAGGUGCUUCAUGGUAAGAGAGCUCAAGGAGAGCACUUCUGAUUGCUUUACAAUUGAUAUAAAUGGUACCGUAUUGAGAUUUACCAUGAGAGAAUUUGCCCUUAUGAGCGGGCUAAAUUGUGUAGCCGAUGAAGGUGAAUUUACAUACGAUGAGGAAAAAUCGAAUAGGAUUAUGGAUGAUUAUUUUGGUGGAACUAGGAGUAAAGUAAAAAGAUUGGAGUUCAUUGAUUGCUUUAAGAAUAAGUGUUGGGGAGAUAAUGAUGAGGACGCUGUUAAGUUUGCAAUUUUGUUUUUUAUAAAUACAUACAUCUUUUGCGGUGAGCCUAGGAAAACGAAUAUACCAAGGGUUCAUUUUGAAGUGGUUGAGGAUGGAAGGUAUGUAGAUUAUCCAUGGGGCAAAGAAGCUUUUAACGAGUUGAUUAGAAGCAUCAGCAAGAAGUAUUCUGCCACAACACAGUAUUAUAGGAUCCAUGGGAUGCCACUGGCUAUGCAAGUUUGGCUUUAUGAGUGUUGUUCAAGAGUUCCAUCGUAUCUCGCUAUUAAAUCCGGAAUUUCCAUUCCAAGAAUGUUGAAUUGGAGGUCCAUCGACAGUCAGCCCAAAUAUAAUAUUUUGAUGGAAGGCAUUUUUAGAGACGGCAAACAGUCGAGCUAUACAUUUGCAAAUACAAUCCCCACUAGCAGUGAGUUGGAGAGCCUCCAAUUGCCCGAUGUUGUUGUCUGUCGAGAUACAGUAGACAAAAAUGUCUUAGUUGAUGCCAAUGAAGGUACCCAAGUCACAGAUAUGCCAGUGGAUGACUUUGAUGAUUUCAGUACUACUCCCCCCCACCUUUCUAAGGGCAAACAGCAACAACGGACGAAUCAGACAGAUUCUCCACCUUCAAAGAGACGCAGACAACUUCAUACAACAACUUCCACAUCUAAGAAACAACAAAUCCACACCGAACCACAGACAACUGUGAAGAAGAAUCACAAGGAUCAAAAGGUUGCUCAAAAACCUAUUUUACAGAAGUCUGCUUCACCAAAGUUGAAUGAACAAAUGAAUAGACCCCGAAACACCACAGUCCUACGUAAUGUCCCUACUAGUUCCAUGAAAGAGGAAAUGCAAUUGCUAAGGAAAGAUUUUCAAGUUUUCAAGGAAUCAGUCGUUGGUGAGUUCACAAGUGAGUUGUCCAAGCUUCGAACUUUCAUGGAUGACCACUUCAAGAAGCUAUUUGAAGCAAUCAAGGUGAACAAUUCUGCGGACAAGGCUGCCGAUAGUGAGGCGCCGGAGCAUCAAACUGAUGCUGGGCUACAGUUAACGCCUGAAGAAAACUUACGACAUGAUUCUACCAUUCAAACAUCUCCUCCGAAACAUGAUGAUGAGUCAAUUAACGGUGUUGGACCAAAGUUACAUGAGGAAGUUCCGGAAAUUGUAGUAACCGCCGGAAAUUUAAGAGCAGAUACACGUAAAGCUUCAUCUGAAGAGAUUAAUUGGGCGGACGAAGGAUCUUUCAAUUCAACAGAGGUAAAUUUUACAUUCAAUCUUAUAGAUCUUUUCAAGAUACUGCUAUACUUAACAUUUAUUAAAUCUCCUUUUUUUUAG